AUGUGGCCAUUCAAGUCCAAAGCUGUUGAAAUCCAAAAAGAGCAGAAAGAACCAAAGUUUCUGGAACUACGAUCAUCGAAAUGGUUCAUUGUCAGCACGAUCUGUGUUGCAUCCUUCAGUGAUUCUUUCAUAUAUGGAGUGGUCAUUCCUGUUCUUCCCAAGGAAUUGGAAGGUCGGAUUGGAGUCGCAGAUGAGGACCUUGAGUUCUGGAAUUCUAUGCUCUUGACGGCUUUUGGUCUUGCACAAUUAAUAGCGAGUCCACUUUUUGGGUACUAUGCUGAUCGAAGUUCAUCACGACGAACACCGUUGCUCCUGGGAUUCUUCUCCAAUGCUGCUGCCACGGCUGUCUUGUAUGCCGCACAGAAUGUCUGGAUACUAGCUCUCAGCCGUUUCCUACAAGGGCUCUCAGCAGCUGUAGUGUAUACAGUCGGCUUCGCUUUGCUUGCAGACACAGUUGGACCAAAGGAUAUCGGACAAUGGAUGGGAUACGUGAUCUCGAGUCUUAACAUUGGAAUGUUGAUCUCUCCAACCAUAGGCGGCAUUAUGUACGCAAAGAUUGGAUAUGCAUCAUUGUUCAUUGUGAUGUUUAUCCUUAUUGCGAUCGAUAUCAUCAUGCGUUUGUUUAUGAUCGAAAAGAAAGUGGCGGCAAGGUUGAGGAAACCCAAAGAUGAAGAUGGAACCCAAACUUAUGGGACUUUUCAGCGAAGUAUCGACGAGGCUAUUUUUGAACAACCAAAUUCUGCUACAUCGUUUAGUAGCAAUGCAGAAUCUGAACCGUUGUUGAGGGGGAGCGAUCAGAACUCGCCUGCAGCAGAAGAUAACAAGAAGCACCCAAUAGCUUUGGUGACUUUGUUAAAAUCUCCACGCAUAUGGGCUGAUCUGUAUGGCGUCUGGGUAACGGUAUUCCUGCUGGCAAGUUUCGACGCAGCACUCCCCAUAUUUGUGGAAAGAAAAUUCAACUGGGACUCAACCGGUGCUGGCCUGAUCUUCUUGACCAUAACAUUCCCUAUAUUCUUAGCACCGAUAGCUGGUAGACUUUCUGAUGUCUGGCCUUCUCGAUGGCUCACGGCAUCAUAUUUCAUCGUAUCUGCCAUCUUCACCGUUUUGCUGGUCUUGAUACAGAGGAAUAGCACUGAUCAGAUUGUUGGCCUUUGUAUUCUUCUUACACUUUAUGGAAUUGCCAGAGUUUUCGGUUCAUCACCAUUAGGCGCUGACUUGAGUCGAGCCGUAGCAAGUAUGGAGAAAAAGACACCCGGCAUUUUUGGUAAGACAGGAGCUAGUGGACAGGUUUUCUCGUUAUAUACGAGUGCUAGCGCAGCAGGAGUUCUCGCAGGUCCUGCUUGGACGAGUUUCGCCUUUGGGGAUAGAAGCUGGAUAUUUUUCGUCUCGAGUCUUGGAAUCUUGACCGCAACUGUUGCAAUACCAGUUGUAUUAUUCACCGAACCUGAGAAAUCUGCAAAGAGGGAUGACGUAGAAGUGGUGACAGAGUAG